AUUUCACCACAGCGGCGUCCUGUAUUGAACUGCAUAAAACAUGGCGGAUGAUGCGAGAGGUUCGGUCGCUGUGCUGCAACAAAAGCUUGAGCAAGCCAAAGAAAGCUUGCAUAAUGUGGACGAAAACAUAAAAAAGUUAACAGGAAGAGACCCAUCGGAAAGGAGGUUGAGUGCUAACAGUGUUGGUGGGGGUGGAGAUCAGAGGAGAGUGUCAUUAGGAGGUCAAACAUUCAGGGGUGGCAGAGGUUCAGAUAUACGAGUCAUCAGGAGGGAUUCACUGGAUCGGCCUGGAGGAGGAGGACCACCACCCAAACGAAGAGGAAGUGCUUUCAGCAGAUUAGGUGGUCAAGUUGGAAGCGGAGGAAGUCGUCGAAGAGAUAGUGAUCCAGACGAUGAUGAUGAUUUGGAUCACAAGCCCUCCCUACAGUCAUCGAUUGUUGCUACCCCUCAAGAUACAAGAACAAGAAAAGAUUCCAUGGAGGCUUUGUCAACUGAUAAGAAAGGAUUGGCCAGGAAUCGACGUAUGUUUGGUCUCCUAAUGGGAACUCUACAGAGGUUCAAACAUGACUCAGGUCAGACUACUGAGAAGGAACAACGCCGAAAGACAAUAGAAAAGAAAUUAGAAGAUCAAGUACAACAAGAGAAAAUUAAAAUAGCGAGUGAACGAAGAGAGCUAUUCCAAGAGAGAAAAAAUAAACAACAAGAGUUACAAAAGCUAGAAAGGUUAAUGGAGCUAGCACAAAUGCAAGAAAAAUGGGAUGUCCACAAUAAGAAAUUAUGCAAUUUCAUCCGAACAAAAACCAGACCCCAUAUUUUUUAUAAACCAGUUAAAAUGUCGGCAGCAGCACAGAGACAGUUAGACAAAUCACGAGAAAUUAUGGAAGAAGUGAUUAGAAAAAGGAGGGAAGAGACUACGAAACUCAUCAAAGAACAAGAAGAAGAGAUUGAACGACACAGGUUGAACAGACGAGGUGGUGGGGAAGAAACCAAUGACGAGAAUAAAGUGAAAGAGAGGGGUAGGAAAAGAGAUGAAGAGAGUAACCAUGGCAAUGACAUUGAAAUGGAUGAUUUAGCUGAAGACAAUAGCAUAGAUCUUAUAGAGCCUCCCGUUGUCAUGGCAACUAAGCAUAAUGAGAAAAGCAAACCCAAAGAAGAAGAAGAAGAGGAAGAGGAGGAAGAAGAGGAAAGCGGUAUUGAUGAGUCGGGUAAAACAGGUAAUGUAACUGUAGAUGAGCAGAGAGAGAGUGGGGACAUGGUAGUGGUAAGUGGAAAGUCCAAUGAAAAUAGUGUUGAAGUCCGAUGACGUGAAAGAGGAAAAUAGUGAGUAUAAAGAGGAAAUGAUGGAAGUAACAAAUCCAUGAAAAUGUCAUGGCAAUCGCAUCUCAUUUCAUGAUUCCAUUGAGGGUUGGUAAAUUAUAGAGAGAUGAUGCUGAUUGUGGGGGGUGGUGGUAGAGAAUUAUAGAUGAGAAUAUCGUGUUACAGAUUAAUUUCUCAAACUCUGUCUCUUUCACAGGUGUAAG